CAUUACUCAAUUGAGCAUCACACACAAAAACACCAAUUAAUCUUCUUUUUCAUUUCCUGUGAAUCAAGCAAUAUCCACACGCACCUAUACAUACACUAUACAUACAAAUACAAUCCCUUCUCUGUAUUUACUCCCCUCUACCAAAACACCAUUCAUCUUGCAACAAUAUCCAGCUUUAUUAAUCAAUUACUGUGCACCAUAGUUAAUUCGGGGAAAGAAAUGGGGAAUUGUUUGGGGACUAGGAAGAAAUCGCCGGCGGAGAUCUCGCCUUCGGAGCUGAUAUCUCGGCCAUCGGAGCUGAUAUCUCGGCCAUCAGAGCUGAUAAAGCCAGCGCCGGUGAUUAAGCUGUACGGACACCCGGACAGCUUCGCGACCUCCCACAUACGAUUAGCCCUCUCGUACAAGCCGGUGACGCUCCAAUUCGUGCCCUCCGACGCCCAAGCAAACCCUACGAUUAUGUACCAAUCCGACGUGGUGACGGGAUCGGUGGAGGAGAUUCUCCGGUACCUGGACGAGAAGUUCCCGGACUCGCCGGUGGAGGUGGUGUGGGGGUGGUGCGGGGCGAAGACGCCGGCGGUGGUGUGGGUGGUGAUGCUGCAGCACAGGAGCAUGAAGUGGCAUCUGGAGAGGAUGGUGAAGUGGGCGGAGGACAUGGGGGCGCGUGGGGGGAACGCGAGUGGGGAUCCGUCGAUGGGCAGCCCUAGGAUGGAGGUUAAGAAGUUUGGCAAGAGCUACUCGCACCUGCACCAGCUGUUGCUCGAGCACGCGCAGAUGGAGGAGAUGGUCAUGUUUCAGAUCCUUGAAUCCGCCGAUCGAGGGCUGUGCAAAUCUGCGAAUGAGGAUCACGCAAGAGACCUGCCUAUGAUGAAUGGUGUAAAAGAGGAGAUUAAGAUAAUAGGAGUUAUGAAUGUCGGAAGCCCCGACUACCAAGAGGCCCUCACUCGCCUUUUGUCCCGUCUCAACAAAUUAAAGGAAAACUGCAAGCAACACUUUGAAGAGGAGGAACGAGAGCUGCUGCCACUAAUGGAGGCUACGGAGCUGAAUAAGCUGCAGCAAGAGAAAGUGCUGCAACAAUCCCUGGAUGCAAUGCGUGAGACGCACUCUCACUUGUUCCGUUUCUUUAUGGAAGGGCUGUGCCCUCAAGAUGGCAUGCACUACUUUGGCUUGAUCAAGAGAUACUGCGACAAUGCUCGAGUAUCGCUUAUGCUGCACAUGAUGGUUGAUUAGUGGAGUUGCUAAUGCUAUUGUCCCAAUUCUUAGAAAAAGGUUAAUAUUGAAAAGCAUGAUUUGGACCUGCCACCAAAACCUGUUUGUAUAUCCCCUAAAUUCUUUCUCCAAAACUGUUGUUGUAGAAGGUUAUGGCGAUUCACAAUUUUUCUUGAAUUAGUGUAGAUAUGUACUGUAAUUUCAUUAUAGAGGCUGGCUAAGCAUCAGAUUCCACACACACUUAUAGGGGCCAAGCCACUCUUUAGAUGUUUCCUUUUAGUUUGGGCCUUUUUCUUUACAACCUCUGUUUGUCUUGAAGCAAGUUGAGGUGUCAUGUCCUAACAGGGUGCAUGUGUGGGAAUGUUAUCCAUUUGGUAAAGUAGUUGAUGUUAUCUGCCUUUUCCAAUACAAUUUACAUGAUGGUUCUAUCAA